AUGCUAUGCCUUCUCCAAUCCCUCCCUCCACUCCUCUUUCCUGUUCUCUCUUAUGCCCUCCCCUGCUACACCGUCACCUAUCACACUCUCUCACUCUGUUGCAUUCUGUUUCGCAUCCCUUCUUCUGUCAUCUCAUGCCAUCCAAUCACCCAGCGGUGGGCUCGACGACCGAGUGAGGCUCGGGUGGAAGCUGACAGCCAAGAGAAGCGGCCAGGUGGCAGCAGCUUCCUGCUGUCUUACGACACUCCCGAGGGCGCCAAGCAGCUCUCUGCACGCUACCUGCUGCUCACCGUGCCCACAUACGUUGCUGCUGACCUCCUCAAGCCCUACUCGGUACCAUCUACAGCUCGGAGCUCUUUCCCAACCGGGCUCCGGGCAGCCGUGUGCUGCUGCUGUGCUACCUUGGGGGGCGUGCAACACUGCCCUCACUCGUCAGCUUAUCUGACCUCAUAG